AUGGCAGCAUAUAAUCCUCUCACUUUCAGCCUCUUGCACUUCUUUGAGAAUCAGUGGAUGGUCCUUAUGGCUGAAAUGUUGAAGCUCCAUUUUCAUGCAAUGGGGGUUUGUUUGCACACAAAUGGAAGCCAGCAAGAGAGAGGGAGAGAAGGUCGGGUUUUAAAGGGUAAGAUACCACAUGAGACUUCAACUUAA